GUUGGAUUUUUUUCAAAUUUGAAAAUCCUCACAUCUUCUUCUCAAAGGAAACCAGAGUAAAGUUCAAAACUUGCAGAAAAUACAGAAGGAUUCAAGAAGAAGCCAUCGAAGGGUUCUCGACGAUGACAUCACCUUUAACUAAAUCAAUCAUGGUCACUGCCGUAGAAGAGUGCCGGAGUGAAACCCAAGACAGUUGCUACUACCCUGGAUGCAAAAAAGAUGCCAAUUGCAACUGCGAAAUGUGCCGGGCCAGCAUCAAUGCAACUCUCGAUCUCAUGCCCAUCAGCGUCCAGAAAAGCUCCUUCACUAAGCUUUCCACUCCACGUCCCAAAGUUGGACGCACUCCGGUUACUUUCGAUCCUUCGGUUUUGUCGACACCCAGAUCGAGGUCUUGCCCUUUUGUGAUGGAAUCUCCGGAUCUGAAAUCAACUGCAAGAUUGAGGGUGAAAGAUAAAGGGGAGAAGAAGAAGAAGAGAGAAAGAGGAUUUCUGGGUGUUUUGGGGAGCUUUCUAUUGGGUUUGAGUUUGAUUUUCGGGGUGGAUAUUGGGUUUUCCUGGGUGGUUUCUGGGGUUUUGAGGCCAGUUUUAACGAGAGAAACAGUGAAAUCUGCGGCGGAAAGGUCUUUGAUUGUGAAAGAUUUGAAUGCCCGAUUGAGAUUCUUGCAGAAUGAGUUGAAGGGUUCUGUUAACAGAAAGGUUUCAAAAUGCAGCAAUACUGAUUCCAUCUGGGAAAUUAAUCAGGAUAGUUUGCUCUUAAGUUCGCGUUGUGUAUUGUAUAAAUCAGCAGUGGAGGAAGUAAGCAUAUGGGGAUGGCCUCUGCAAACAGCAGGAUUACUCUCAACUGGAUUUUCCUCCAUAUCAUUCACCGUCCUAUUUGGUAGAGUCACAGAGUGGAAGGAUGGCAAUGUUGGGUUUUCAAUUAGAAACGCAAAUGCAUCAUGGGUGCAGGGGAAAUGGGGUGCCUCUGUUCUUCAGUUAGACCCUAACACUUGGAUUCUUGGGUAUCAGCAGAGCUCAAUUUUAGAAAAUUCAAGUUUGUUUUCAGCAGCAUUAGAUCUCCUGAAGCAUAGAAUGUCCAGAAUGGUAAGAAGGAUGAAUGAGCAGUUCUGGCUGUUCUCUGCUUUGGACUACCAAAUAAGUAGAUUUGCAGCUAAAGGACACCUAAAGAUCCCAACUUGAUGGAGAAUUCAGAGAUAUCAAUCUCAGAUGCAUCUUAUUCUCAUUGCUUCUGAGAAUUUCCAUUUUUUGGUUCUCCUCAAUUUGUUUGAUUUUUUGGAAGACUAGGAACUGCUCACCAGUCAAUAAUAUUUUACAUCAAAA